AAAUGAAGAAAAAAAAAUCAGGUGUACGUUCGUUCCUUGUUGCGGUCCUCGAGCUUUGAAACCUGUUUUUCAUGCUAAUAUAAGAAUCUGUAUUGGUAUGAAAGGCAAGGUGUCCAGGCUCUGGAGGGCGCUCCUACGUCGACUUUGCUGUGUGACCCUUUCUUGGCGGGUUACUGAAAUCUUAGCAGGCGCUCCGUCUUGGUCGUUGUUCGUUCCGGGCGAUGGUACCUAACAGCUGUCCGAUGCUGGCCGUGCGUGCGCAGCUCAUCCGUCUACUCGUGUUAUUGAUUUUCAACAUUGUUUCAAGAGCUGCAAAGGAACAAGACAUGUCAUCGCAGAUAUCAACGGAUGGCAGUGAACCACAGAACACGACUUUAGAGAUCGAUGAAAUUGUUUUUGUUAUUCAGAGUCAAAAACAACCCUUCCAUGUGACUCAAGCAAGAAACCUCAAACAAGAUAUCUUACAACAGGCAGAGGCCUUUAGUCAGCGUCUACCUACUGUGCUACUAAUCCAUGAAUUGGGCAAACAGGAAGGAACUUGGACAAUCAUUCCCAUAUUACCACACCUUUCAACUAAUUAUGGCAAGAAAUCCUGGAUUUUCUUUUGUGAAGAACAAACCAGGAUACAAGUUUCAAAGUUGUUGGAGGUCAUUAGUAGAUAUGACAAAACAAAGGAGUGGUUCUUAGGAAAGGGUCUGUAUGAUGAGCAAUCUACAAUUAUUCACCAUUAUGCUUUUGCUGAAGAUCCAAUAAUUUUUAAGUAUCCAGAUUUUGCUGCUGGCUGGGCCUUGAGUAUUCCACUUGUCGACAGGCUUGCAAAACAAUUGAAGAUAGAAAAACCUUUUGCAGAUUUUACUAUAGAUUUGAAACAUGAGAUUGCACUCUUUAUAUCUCAAAAAUCUAAUGGCCCUCAGCUGACUUCAGUGAAGGAAUUUUGUACAGAAGAAGUAACUGCAUUGAAAGCAACCAACUGUGCAACUACAUUUUAUACCUAUCUUCCAUUUUGUGGAAAACUAGUAGAGACGGGCAACAUCUUUUUUGCUGUAAAAACCUGCAAAAAAUUCCAUCAGGAAAGAAUACCAAUUGUAAAGAAAACUUGGGAGAAACAAGCAGCUCUAAUCGAGUACUACAGUGAUUAUGCAGAUAGCUCCAUUCCAACCCACUAUUUAGGAAUACCAAAUACUGAAAGAGGGCACUGUGGCAAAACGUUUGCUAUUCUGAAACGAUUCAUGAGUCGUGCUGUUCCUGAGGUUCCUUGGCUCAUGAUUGUGGAUGAUGACACGUUAAUAAGGUACUCUGACACCUUAAUGAGUAUCCCACGACUCCAAAGAUUAUUGAGCUGCUACAAUCCAAAAGAACCAGUUUUCCUUGGGGAACGUUAUGGCUAUGGACUCGGUACUGGUGGAUACAGUUACAUUACAGGAGGCGGAGGAAUUGUCUUUAGCAGAGAAGCAGUAAAGCAAUUACUUGCAAGUGGAUGCAGCUGUUACAGUAAUGAUGCACCUGACGAUAUGGUUCUAGGAAUGUGCUUCAACAGCCUUGGUGUCCCAGUAACACACAGCCCUCUUUUCCACCAGGCACGUCCAAUGGACUAUCCAAAAGACUACCUUGCACAUCAGGUUCCAAUUUCAUUCCAUAAACAUUGGAAUAUUGAUCCAGUCGAAAUCUAUCAAACUUGGUUGGCAAUAGAGGAUGAACCUGUAUCACAUCAAGUAAUAAAGGAGCCAAAAAAUGGAAGAGAAGAUUUAUGAAUGCUUUAAAGAUGAAAAUGCAUUUUUAAUGUAUCGAUAAAUAGUUCACUUAGUUUUCACUAAGAAGGAUUACAAAUUGCAUUGUGAUUUUUGAAACCCCUUCCAAAGCUGUAUGUGCAUUAAUAACUUUGCUUAAUACCUUUUAUAUUACAAAGUAAAAUGCUGAAUUAUAUUUGUAAUUCUCUUGGACAGUAUUUGACACAGUAUUUCUAGAAAGUAUGUGCAAUCUUUCAUUUCUGUUAAUGUUAAAAGUAAUUAUCUAAUUUUGUAAAAAUAAAGUCCUAUCUAUAUAUCUAUAUAAAUAACUUGUUUUCUUGUGUACAAACUGCCAUGUGCGACUUCAGUUUGCUUCUGUGAUAAUGAAAUUUACCUAGCGAAAGCAUGUUCUAUGUCAGCAGGAUCAGACUGGCCAUCCAUUUUACCUCAAGAUACACUGACAAUGUACAGCACAGAAAGAGGCCUAUCACUCCAUUGUGUUUGUGUUACCCAGAAAACAGCUAUCCAGUCUGUUCCCACUUUCCACUGCUAGUUUUCUAUCAAUGACAGCAUUUCACUUUUAUAUCCAGUUUUUUCUUUAGAUCAACUAAGGUUUUCUGUUUAUACAUUUUCAGGCUGUGAGUUUGAGACUUCCACCACCCAACUCUCGGUGAAAAGAAUUCUUCUCAAUUCCUUGUAAUCCUAUUGACAAUUAGUUACAUUUAAUGUCCUCUAAUUAAUGAUCUAUCUGCUAAGAUAAACCCUUUCUUCUGUUUGCUCCUAAAUCCUCACAAUUCUACACUUCAUUAUCCUCACCCUCCUCUGUUCCAAAGUAAAGCAUGAUGCCCCCACUAAACUUCCCUCAACUAAAAUUUUCCAUUCCUGACAACAUUUUCAUAAAAAAUGUUCUGAGGAAGGGUCACCAGACCCAAAAUGUUAACACUUUUUUUCCUUCACAGAUGCUGCCAGACCUCCUGAGCUUUUCCAGCAACUUUGUUUUUGCUCAACAUUUUCAUAAAUCUGCUCUGUGUCCUCUCUAGUAUGGUUACAUCCUUUCCUCCAAUAAGAUGACGUAACUGUGACCUAAUGUUACGCAAUUCUAGUGCAACCAUCCUACUAUUGUAGUCUGUAGCUCAGCUAAUGAAGGGAUUUAUCCAUGUGUCACUUUAACCACCUUACAUAUCUGCUAGUUAGCUUCAGAGAUCUACACUUCCCAAUAUCCUACCAUUUAUAUGGUAUUUUAUUGUUUUAUUCAUUGUCCCCAAAAUGUCUUUGAAUUCAAUUUACAGUUACUGCCCACCUAAUCUUCUUGCAGUCUAAAAUUUUCUUCCUCACCAUCAAUCACACACGUAUUUCUACAUCAUCUCCAAAUAUCUUUUAAUCAUUGGUUUACAAACGGGCAUAGUAUUGAGCCCUUUGGAACCCACCUGGCAACAGCCUUAUUGUCACAAAAACACAGCAGCUUUCGUUCUUGUCACUUAGCCAUUUUUGAAUCUGAUGUAAUAUUUUCCCUUGGAGCUCAUGGGCUAAUACUUUUCUGAAUUGUGGGCCAUUUCCGAAGUCUUGUGAAAAUACAGAAAAACCUAAUUUUUUUUUGGAAGUUAGCAAGGAUGAUCAGGCAAUUUAAUCAGACACGAUUUUCCCCUCAGUGAUUCCAUUCUGAUUAAUCUGCACCUUCCUAAGCAGCAACUUAUUCUGUUUUUCAAAGAUUUUACCAGUAAUUUGCCUGCCACCAAGGGGACUGGCCUGUAAUUACUCAAUCUAUCCCUUCUUCAGUUCUUGAAGAGCUACACAACAGUGCUAGAUUAUACUUGACACCAGUAGAAUGUAAAAUUAGUAGCAAGGCUUAAUAGUGAUUGAUACACAGUAAAUGGUGCAGAGCUGUGCAGAUUGUGAGGAAGCAGUGAAUGGGAGUCUAAACUUAAGACUUUGUUCAGAUCAUUGAACUUUGUACCAUAUUGUUGUUUGCUCAGUGAUAUCAUACUGUGAGCUCAGGUAUACUCACAUCAGUGAAUUCUCAUGUGUGCUUAGAAAGGGUGGCACCAGAAGUGGAACACAUUAUAAGUGGACAAGAGAAGGUGAGAGAUGUAGAGAUGGCUGUUGUUUUUUUCUAAUUCAUUCAUAGGAUGUGAGCAUCCAUCCCUAAUUGCACAGAGGACAGUUAGGAUUCGGCCACAUUUCAGUGGAUCUGGAGUCAAAUGUAGGCCAGCUGAGGAUGGCAGAUAUCCUUCCCUGAAAGGCAUUAGUGAGCCAAAUGGGUUUUAACUGACAAUCAGCAAUGGUUUCAUAAUCAGCAGUUGACUCUCAAAUCCAGAUAUGUUUCAGUAAAUUCAAAUUCCAUCUGGUUUUGAACCUGAUUCAAUAGAACAUCCGGUAAAUCUCUGAAUUACUAGUCUAUAUCCUCGUGUAUACAACCCCAUGUCAAGAUGAUUGACACAAUUCAGCACAAAGCAGCUUGUUUGCACCCCAUCCACUACCUUCAACAUUUACCCUGUCCACCAAUGUACAGUGGCAGCUGCGUACCAUCUACAAAACGGUAGUUUGGUUAAUAAAUACAGCAUUCAGUAAGAACAAACACCUCAAUCCCAUGGUCAUUUCUUCCACCUGCGUCUCCAUGACACUUACAAAGAAUGAGGUCCACAACUCAAAUGGCCCAGAAACAAAUAAAACUAAUCUAGCUUUCAAUCCUUGCUCUUGAUGGUUUUUUUUCCCUAAUUCUCCAAGGAUGUAAGAAAUGCUGACAAUGCGAGGUAUUCAUUGCCUAACUCUUAUGUCCCGAGGUUGAGCUCUUUUAUUGAAUAAUUGCAGUUCUUUUGAGGCAGGGACACCUGUUGUGCUGGUUGGGAAGAGAAUUCCAGGAUUCUAACAUAGUGACAGUGCAGAAGCAAUGGUAUGUGGCACGGUGGCUCAGUAGAUCACACUGCUGCUUCAUAGUGUGAGGGACUGGGGUUCAAUUCCACCCUUAGAUGACUGUCUAUGUGGAGUUUGCACUUUCUCCCUGUGUUGGUGUGGGUUUCGUCUGGGUGCUCUGUUUUCCUCCCACAGCCCAAAGAUGUGCAGGUUAGGUGGAUUGGCCAUGCUAAAUUGCUUAUAGUGUUGUGUAGAUUGGGUGGGUUAGCCAUGAGAAAUGCAGGGAUACUGGGGUCAGAGUCUGAGUGACGUAGUUCAUUAUCAAGUGGCUGCUUGAUCAUCCUAAGCAAUAUCAUCUUGACUGAAGUAGCAUACCUUUCUCUCAUACUCUAUCAACCUCUCUUGUUCACUUCUGAUCUGUUUUUCAUCUUGUGGCAUGCUUUCUAAUCACACAUGAGUAUUCACUGAUGUGCGUAUAUCUGUGUUUGUCGAGAGUGAACUUGAAUACUGUGCUGAAAUUGGCUCUAUGACUUCAAUAUCUUCCUUUGUGGUAGCACUGAUGAUUUCGCCCCCUCCAGGUGCCUCUGCAGGUAUGUUGAGAAGGAUAUUGUGGAAACCUGCCUCUGAUCAUACAUGCCUCCAUAGAGUGGAGGCUUCCCAAUACACUUGAAGUUUUGGCAGGGUCUUACCCAUGGGGAGUGCUCUGUAUCUGCUUUAGAGUUCAAUGACUUUUCAGUCUUUCCUACAUCUAACCCCUCUCUCCAUCAUACUAUUCCCCACAAGGCCUCAACUCAUACUAUAAAGUGAUGCCUCCUCCAUCCAGCAAAGGAAGGGAAAUUAAAGCACUCCCUUUGCAGGUAUGACUUCUUCCUGGCAUUCUACGUCCACUUGUCCUGUCAGGACAAAAGAGGCAGAGCUUCUAGUGGUUCUUUUAAAUAGCUGCAUUAAUAAUCCUCAGCAGUUUUGACCUUUGCUCAACUUAGAGAUUACUCGGUGCACAUGUUGCAGCCCUGUUUGUGAACCUUAAGCUCGUACACUUCUAAGAUGGCUCAGUUUAGGCUCUGUUUAACCCAGGAUUCAUUCUUUCUGUUUGCUUUUCCUUUUUCCCUUUCCUUUUUUCAAUUUUUUUUGGGGUUUUCUCAAACUACUUUGGCCUGUGAAGAGAGCAGAAGCAUUGCAGCAGCUGAGGGCCUGGAAUAGGACAGCCAGCAAUUAGGGGAGUCAGGGCAAAGCGAUAUGAUCAGAGGGUCAGGACAGAGCAA